AUGAUUUAUGAGAGUUCCACGAGAGACAAUUACUUCGUAUCACUGUUCUUUGCUAUUCUGUACCAAGAAAUACACUACCUUUUGUGUAUCUAGUCUUUAAAGCGUUUCCUGGAAUAAUUGGGCUGCAUGCGCACAAAGUGUGCGACUGUGUGCCGAGCCGGUCGAGGUCUAGCAGAAAACGUCGUCAAAUCAAUUACUUCUAACCUAUUGAGAUAUGAUGUAUCUCAUCGUUUUAAGAUGCACCUUAGCAGUUUUUGUGUUGUUUCCGGGUGUAAAUUUCUGCCUGAACCACAACAGUCUCGAUCCUACACUAAGAUUGGACCAGUGGAAGCACAAUGUUUGCGUAUCAAAGGAAAGUGGUCAUGACACCAAAGAAUGCCUGAAAAGUUGUGACUCUCGACCGUGCGAACAUUUGUAUUAUGUUCUCGAAAAUCUAGAGGAGCAAAACCAAACUGCAAUAUACGUGGAGAGGGGGCAUUAUGUUCUGAGCAAAAGUUACAUGUUUUGGAAUGUUACAGGUUUAGCUUUGAUCGGAGAACGAUCGGAGAUAGGUGGUAAAGUUGUAAUUGAAUGUGAAAAGAAUGCUGGUCUUGCAUACAUCUAUAGCUCAGAUAUUAUAUUGAGGAAUGUUAUUCUGACGUCGUGUGGUGCACCUCAAAACAGCACCUCAUUUCAGUAUCCGCGAUUCGUCACCGCGUUGUUUUUGGUGAACUGCAUUAAUUUCACCAUGAACAAGGUCACCAUUCAAAAUGCUAUUGGAAUAGGAAUACAGCUUUAUGAUGUUGCAGGCGUUGUGAAUAUUUCUAACUCACACAUUUCCAAUUGUGGGACCAAAAAAACGACACAAACUAAACCAGGAGGAGGCUUUUAUUUUGAGUUCACUUCAUCUGGUGGGCUGUAUCCUUUUAAAACACCCCCUCAACGAAUUUAUCAAGAAUAUGGAAAAUUCCAUUUCAGUAACGUAUGGUUUUUGGAAAAUACUGCUCCUAGUAUUGCUGAUACUGUCUCGCCUAAUAAGGAAAAACAAAAUGCUUUUGGACGUGGUGGUGGUGCCUCAUUCUUUUUUAGAGGAUCUGCCCAAAACAAUACUUUUGUCUUUGAAAACUGUCAUUUUAACAAGAAUAAGGCUGAAUGGGGUGCAGGACUAUUUGUUGAAUUCCAACAAAAAACUAUGAGUAAUAGUAUCAUAUUUCGAUCAUGUAACUUUAUUGCCAAUACUGCCAGGCUUGGUGGAGGUGCUGUGAGAAUUGGACUGAUUACCAUGAGUCAAAGUUUUAACUCCAUUCCAAAUUGGAUACGCUUCACAUUAUCUAAUUUUGUACAAAACAAAGCAAAACUUGGUGGGAGUAUAGCUUUAUAUGCAACAACUAAGCAAUCCUAUCGAGGCUUUUCUGACUUAGGCUUUGCAAAUUUCUCCCAUUGUGUCAUAAAGGAUAAUUUUGCAACUAUAGGCUCUGCAUUUUCUGCAGCAUUGUGGGACACCAAUGAGUAUGAAGUAGGAAGCAAUAAACCAUUGAAGAUUUAUAUUGCAAAUUCAACAAUUGAAAAUAAUAAAAUAACUACAAAUGCUGAGGAUAUGAUUUCUGGGACUGGUGCCUUGUAUUCAAAGUGUGUACCAAUCUUGCUUGACAAUACAACAUUUUUUAAUAAUUCAAAUACAGCACUGGUUCUUGAUAAUGCUAUUGUUGGAAUUUUUGGAGAUGUUUCAUUUUUUAACAAUUCUGGACAAAGGGGUGGUGCAAUGUCUUUAUAUGGUUUAAGCCGGAUUAAAGUUUCAAACAGGUCAAAUCUUACUUUCACUCGGAAUACAUGUCAGUUACAAGGUGGUGCAAUUUAUGUCAAAACACCAGGGCCACAGAUGGUUGCUUUUAAAUCCACUGAACUUAAAAUACAUAGAUGUUUUUUUGAUUUUGAGCCAGGGAACUCUAGUGUUAUCUUCCGAGGCAACAAAGGUCCAAACGAUUAUUCUGGAAACUCUGUUUAUGCAACCACAUUACAAUUUUGCCGUCACACUAAUGAAAGUCGAGUGAAUAAUUUAGUUCUAGAAAGGGAUUAUUUUCACUAUUAUUAUGCAAAUGGGACUAAAUCUAACAUGAAGUUUGAAAUAGUAACUGAUGCAAUAAAUAUGGAAGUAAAUUCUAGUGAUUGGAGUACUACGGCAGACAAGAGCUUCUCUCCAGUUGUCAAGCUUACUGAUGAAAAAUCUAACAGUGUCAUGGGAGUUAUUAAGAUUUCAAUAAUGCAUUCAACAAAUAAAGCAAGACUUAUUCCAUCAUCAACAUAUUUUCUUGCUAAAGAUGAGAUUAAAUCACUUCGAAUUAUUGCUAAACCAAAAACCCAUUAUGAUAUUAGUCUGGAAACUGUUGAUAGCCAACUGGUGUCUCAAAAAAUAUCCAACGCAACAAUUACAGAAUGUGCUCCGGGAUUUGUCUGGGAUAGCUCAUCUUGCAAGUGUGAUGAUAAACAGGAUGGAGUGUCAAGAUGUGAUAAUGAGAAUCAAACACUGUUCUUGCUAAAAGGCUAUUGGGGAGGCUAUGGAGAAUCAAGUGGAGACUUUGCUAUUGUACCAUGUCCAGAACACUACUGUCAUUGCACUCAAAAUAAUCUAACAUCUGAUGGUGAAUGCUAUUUUGAAAAGAGCAAGCAAUGUAAUGGAAACAGAGAUGGUCAGCUCUGUGGAAUUUGCAAGAAGGGAUAUACACUAUAUGUUGGAAAUGAUCAGUGUACAAAAAAUUGCAAGUCUACAUCAAAGAAAUGGAUAGGUUAUUUGAUUGGUUUAAUCCUUUUUUUAACAUUUCUUAUAGUGCUUUUCAUAAUGUAUAUAAAUUUUGAUCCCUUCAGUUCAUAUCUUAAUGCAUGGCUAUAUUUCUAUCAAGUAUUGAGAAUGGUGGUACCUGGCAACAUAGAUUUUGACCCUUUUUUAACCUUCAUUGACGGCCUUGCUCAUAUCCAGUUGACAGGUUUUGGUGGUAUAUGUAUGUGGUCAAACAUGAACGACUUGGAAAAACUAGCCUUUAACUAUCUACUACCUUUCUACUUUUUUAUUUGUCUGUUUGUCCUUCACAAGGUGGUUUUGGCAUGGCCCAAUAAUUUUUUCACUCGUCGAGUUACUCAGAACUCCUGUGCUCGGGCAUUUUGUACCAUAUUUGUACUCUCAUAUUCCACAGUUGUCAACAUCAGUUUUAAAAUUCUCUAUCCUAUUAAAAUAGGUGAUGACUAUUAUUUGUACUACCAGGGAACUAUGAGGUACCUGUGCUCCCACCACAUACCGUUCGCUGUAGUUGCCAUAUUAUUGGUGGUGUUCGUCGGUAUAAUAUUCCCUUUGAUUCUUAUUCGUCGUGAGUGGUUUGAAUCAAUUGAUAAUGGUUUAAAAAGACUUUUGCUGGAUAACUUCCAGAGAUGUUUUCGCAAUGGUUAUGAAUGGUGUGCAGGUUUCUAUUUUGUUGGCCGCUUUAUCUUGCUUGUUUUAAGUGAUUUUGUUCCAAAGAGCCCAUUACAAGCCAGUCUGCUGAAUAGCGUUUGUUGUAUAACAUUGACCGUGUUUGUUUUGUGCCAGCCUUACGUGGGCGAAGGUGGUACAAUAAUACCCUACAGAAUACUGAACACAUCUGAUGCUGUUCUAUUGUGCAAUCUCUGUCUUAUCAGCGGUUUUGGUAGUGCUGCUACUGGAAUUCAUAAUUACUCGCAAUUUUUCAAAUACUCUAUCAGCAUCUUGAGUUAUGUUCCUCUGCUGUUCUCUCUCGGACUGUUGGGUUAUGUUUUGCGCCACCGAUACUUGACAUAUACUAAUCUUUUAGAAGUUUUGGAUUAGCUAAUAGCAUGCAAUAGAUAACAUCGGUUGACCUGGACAAUUAUUGUCACACCAGUUCCCUAAAAGGCAGCUUUCAUUUUUAUAAGGUCUAUUAUUUUUAACAUUAAUACUUUUUCUAUAAGUAAAACAUUUUAAAUUAAUGUAUAGAAACUUUACUAGCCUCUGAUAAAAACUAUAAUUCAUUACGAUUAUAAUACUGGGGCCUGUUGUGCAAAGCUAUAGGUUAGCGCUAACCCUGGGCUAAAUUUUAAUCUAGUGUUUUAGUUUAUAAAUUAUGUGCUUCUAAACCACUGUUCGUUUUAAAAAUAUGGCCUCUAUCGGUCCAGAAAGUAUUUAUGAAAAAAGAUAUUCAACUUUGUAAACAAGUGAUUUUAAAAAUCGAUGUAAAGAUUUGCUUUAGAAGAAAGAAGCCAGGGUUAAGGUAACCGGCUUUUGAACAACUGGCCCCCGGUAAGCAAACGAAAAUAUUGACUAUGUUUGUAUGCCAAGUGCUAGAAUUUGGUAUAUUCGCGAUUAGAUGGGCGAUUUUGCGCAACCUAAAAUCAAGCGGUGUCCUUUUUGUGGAGACCUCCGUCCUCCGUUGAAAAAUGUACAUGUAGAAGUACCAAACUAGUUCUGUUCACCAUUAUUGUUUUCACCUGCUGAUAGACGAUAAAUUCAUACUUGUAAUAUGUCUACGCACGAUUAUUAUUAUUUCAAAAUAUAUUGUAACGCCAAGUUUCCCCUUCAUCGUAAAUGAUGUUGUACAAGGGGCUGUUAUAACGAAAGGCUACCUGAAAGCCUAGAAACAGAGGUUUACCUUACCUAUCAUAUGUUUUUUGUAUAGACUAAGAUGGUAGUUUAUUUUGUAGUCUGUAACUUAAUUGCCUAAAUAAUUUUAAAAACUCAUGUAAUUUCGUUAACUGCAUGUUUGUUAACUUAAGAUUAAAU